AGGAUUCAUACGGUUUUUCUGGGGAUUGUAUCUGGCUUGUCUUUAGGAUGGCAGACUUUGAUAAAGUUCUGAAAUGCUGGGCUGUUGUUGAGGCUGACCCUGAUGCGAUUGGUGGGGAAGUACUGAAUUGUCUUUUCAUGGAGUACCCUGAUACCCAAAAGCAGUUCCCAAAAUUUGCUGCCAUCCCACCUGCUGAGCUGGCUGGCAAUGCAGCAGUGAGGAAACAUGGUGGGGUAGUGGUGAGGAAGCUGGGUGAGCUGCUGAAGGCCAAGGGAGACCACACACUAAUCCUGAAACCCUUAGCUACAACCCAUGCCAACAUUCAUAAGAUAAGCCUCAAUAACUUCAAGAUGUUCAAAGAAGCCCUUGUAAAAGUCUUUGCAGCAAAAGGACUACUGGAUGCAGAUGGACAAGCUGCCCUGAGGAAUGUGAUGGAUGUGAUCAUUGCUGACAUAGAUGGCUUCUACAAGGAAUUGGGUUUCCAGGGAUGAAUACAGCCCCAACAAGCAUGGCCACAAAUGACAGGACAUCUUCAAAUCAAUGUUUCUAAUGAGAUGUUGCACUUGAGUGCAAUGGUGAAAUCUUGUUCAGUGUAGGUCAACUGAAUGAUGAUGUAUGGAACUGCUGCCCCCUCAUUUUGUGAACUGGCACUUAAAAAAAAUCUUAGUGCAGUAUACCUGUAGAUCCUUGUCAUCUAGCCCUGGCCAUUGUUGUGUUGGUGUAAAAGCUUCCAUUAAAGGCA